GACGCCAGAAGACGCGGCCAGAAGACGCGGGGCAGCCGACCAAUGGGAGGGUGCGGCGGCCGGCGGGGGAGACAGUCUGGCCGUGGCCGUCGUGAAGAUAAGACUUACGUCACCCCCUCCUCCAGCCCUCCCUCGCCUUCUCCCGCCAGGAUGUCUUCAGAUCGCAAAGCCGUGGUGAAGAAUGCUGACAUGUCCGAGGAAAUGCAGCAGGACGCCGUCGACUGCGCUACACAGGCCAUUGAGAAGUUCAAUAUUGAGAAGGACAUCGCCGCCUACAUCAAGAAGGAGUUUGACAAGAAGUACAACCCCACGUGGCAUUGCAUUGUGGGGCGUAACUUUGGCAGCUACGUCACCCACGAGACCAAACACUUCAUCUACUUCUACCUUGGGCAGGUGGCAAUACUGUUGUUCAAGAGUGGCUAAGUGUGCCCCUCUCCCCCUCCCCCCCUGCCUCGCGUCUGGCCCUGGGGCAGCCGGGGGGAGGGUUCACUACUAGAUGUAUAUUUCUGAAGCAGGCAGACAUCCCCCCUCCCCCUCUCCCCAGGCUAACGCUGGUGACCAAUCAAAGUCAAGUCAGUUCAGGGCUGCCACUCAGAGCAUCUCAAGGUCGUCUCACUCAGCAGCUUCUCACUAACGGAUCGCUCACCGCCGCUCACCCGUUCAUUAGGCUCGGUGUGCAUGCAGACUCUUUAUAUUUUUUCCCUUUGUUUCUUUGGCACUACUGUGGGUGUGGGGUGUGUGGAGGGUGUGUCUGUGGAGGUGGAGUGGCAUGGAGGGGACACAGCUGGAGUGAAGUCUGUUAUUUAUAAUGUUUGUCAUGACUGCACAACUAUUCAUCCUAAAUAUUCAUGAAGUUUUCCUAUUUGCGUACUUCUAGUGUAGGUAGGAUUUCCUCUCCCAGGCCACCUCUUCCUUUCAUUCUUCCCACUGUCUGUACGUACGCCCGUCUCCUUCACACUGUUCCUACUCAUGCAUUUAAAAAGCAAGACCAUUUCGGCAUUAGUCUCUGGCCGAUGCAUAAUCCUGCCUCUAGUUCUGUACUUAAAUAAGAGUCUAUUUGCUUGCGAUGGUUCUCUAGCUUGUAGUUCAUCUCCACUCAUCUCGGUAAUAAUAUCGUUGGUCUGUGUCACAUCUAGUAGUCUGGUCCGGCCCGCCACUCCCCCCCUAGCCCACCGUGGGUGUGGGUCUGCUCCCCUGGGGGCUGGCGUGGCCUUGUUCCACCGUGUAGGAGCACUACGGUUAUUCUUUUUGUUUUCUGUUAUUCUUUUUUUUUUUUUUACUUACAUUUGAGAGAAUUUUAUAUUUUCUGUUGAUGUGCAGAACUCGUAUUUUUCUUUUCUUUCUGUGUCAAUCAAGAAAAGUGUUGUUUCUGUGAUGUUCAAAAAGGUAAAUACAGUCUAUUUAUGUGU